GAACUUAACGUUGUGUUUAAAGGGGCUGGCCUUUGUUAGUUUUGUUUUGCUGUGGCUUUGCGUUCGAUUUUCGCGUUCUUUUUUAUUAUUUUUACAGUUGUGCGAGUUUAACCGUAUGUGAGUGACUAUAACCUCCACGAACGGUGACAUAUUCCAGGAAGGAUGCGACCAGCAGGCUACGGAUAAUCCGAACUCGCCGCCAACAACGUCACAACGUCUCGUACCCGAAGCGGCGUAGCGAAAACAUGGCCAGCAUACCCGACAAAGCCAAUCGGCGGGAACUCUGCGAAAUCAUCUGUACGCAGAAAGAAAAAAUACAGCGCUACGAAGCACGACUCGGUGACCUGGUCAGGGCCUACAAGGGGCUCCAGAAGGAAAAGGAUGCUCUUGAAUUGAGCCUCAAGGCACUGACUUCGCAGAAGCCGGCUGAGCCGCAGGUUUCGAGCUCCGACGUCGACGUUCAGAAAACCGUGCCCAAAAGAGCGGAUUCCACCCCACAAGCCUCUGGAAAUGCAGAAGAGGCGGGCGGCUCUCGAGCGGACAGAGCAGAUGGCGGGGACCAACAGCAGCAGGACCAGCUGGCCACACUGUCCCAGGCCCUGUCCACGUUGUCCGAAGAGAAAGCUCGCGUGGAAGCCGCCUUCCAGGGGGACCGACGACGCCUCAUUCAGGAGAAAGAGGCCGCCCUCCGCCAGGCGGAAGAGGCCCAGCGGGCAGCAUCCGAACUCACUGCGGCACUCGAGACUAAGUUGUCAGAGAUGCGUGCCAAGCUGAGGGAAGAGCAGACGGGGCGCGAGCGUGAGCAGACGGACCAUGCGGCCAUGCUGCGGGAGCUGCAGCGUCUGCUGGCCGAGGAACGCACCACCCGCGAGGGCCUCGAGGAUAAGCUGGAGGAGGCCACGCGGAGAGCUGCCCAGGCGGACCUGGCCAAGGAGUACGAGGUGAAGGUGGAGCGUCUGACCCAAGAGCUGGAGGAAGUGCGCAAGCGCUUGCUGCUGUCGGAAGAGAAGCUGCGUCAGCCGUCUCCCCUGCUUCUCCAGCUGCAGCAAGAGCUGGUGCAGGUCAAGUGUCAGCACCAGGCGGCCCUGGAGAAGGAGCAGGACCGUGCGGGGCGCAGCCAGGUGCACCUGCAGCAGCAGACAACCGGCAGCGAGGCGCGGGUGGCGAGCCUCGAGAGCCGGCUGCAGGAGCUGUCCCAGGCCGUGGGCUCGUACGACCGACUGCGCAUGCAGGACCGUGCCGCCAUACAGCGUCUCAAGGAGCGCCUCUCGCAGCUCGCGCAGGAGAAUGCGGCUCUGGCCAGCGCCGCCGGCAACGCUGCAAGGGGCUCCGCGGCUGAGCUGCCCACUCAGGACUCUAAUCUGGACGUGAACACCUUGCUCGAGCGUUUCGGCAAACUGCGCUCAUUGCUGAAGGAGGCCAAUAAGAAUGCAGAGAAGCCGGUUGACCUCAUUGCCUACUUCAGGGAGAUGGCCGAGGAAGAGGUCCUGGGACUGCACGCCAAGUGCCGUGAGAGCCAGCGCCAGCUCAAGGACGAGUUUGAGCGCUACAAGGUGCAUGCCCAUUCGGUGCUGACGGGCGGAUCGACCUCCCUGCCUCAGGGCCAGGAGUGCACGGCGGAGUUGGACCGCUUGCGCCAGCAGGUGAAGGAGCUCCAGGGCCAGCUGCGAUCUCAGCGCGGCCGGCACGAGGCUCAAGAGCAGGCGAGCAGGGAGACGAUACUCCAGCUGCAGCACGCUCUGUCGGAGGCGGAGCUCCGACACCGGCUGGACUGCCAGCGGCUGGAGAGCGCCUGGAGCAACAAGCUGUCGGAGCUGGAAUCGCUGAUGCACGCACAGCGGGAGCGCUCCCUCGCCCUCGUGGAAGAAAAGGACCGCGAGCUGCAGGCGCUGAGGGCGUCUGGCGGUCGUCGUGUGUCUGAUGAGUACUCCUGGCAGCUGCCGCGUAACCUGGAUGGUAACCUUGAGGAUUCGUCCGAGAAGACUGCACAGGACGGCGAUUCGGUGAACGUCGAUGAGCUGCUCGACCCCCUGCUUUCUCAGCUGUUUGGCAGUGGCCCUGAUCGCUCCUUGCAGGGAAGCAGGACCAAGGUGGAGUACCAGCUGCUGCACUCUGCCCAGGAGCUUGCUCGCAAGGAUGCCCUGCUGCUGCGCGCGCUCCGAGAGAAGAGGGACGCCGAGUCAGCUUUGAGGGACCUCCAGAGGUCGGUGCUGGCCAAAGAGCAGAAGGACCAGCAGGAGAGGGAGGCCCUGAGGCAACGUCUUUCUCAGUUGGAGAACUUGCCAGGGCCCGACGAAGGAGGUGGCGUGAACCUUCAGUAUCUCAAGAACGUGGUCCUGCAGUACCUCCUGUGCGGCGAGGCGCCCGCGCGCAAGCACAUGCUUAAUGCAAUCGCUGUUGGUCUUCGCUUUACACCUCAGGAGGCCCAAUUGGCACGGCAGGCCUCCCAGUUCUGGUGGUGAGACCUUUGACCAGUGCUGUCUUUGGUCAGUGCUGUCUUUGGUCAGUGUUGCUUUUGGCCGGUGCUGCUUUUGGCCAGUGCUGUCUUCUGGCUCUAGUCAAUGCUAGAACCAUUAAAUGCUUCCAGAGUGCCGAAAAUGGUUCAGCUUUUUUGAUCCUGAGAUGCUACUAAAGAAAAGAGAAAAGGCCUGGUGCAAGCACAAGUCCCUUUGCAGUGAAAUAAUAAUGAAACUUUCUCCCAGCAUUUUCUUCUCUCGUCUGUUUCUGAACUUCAGAGGCUCUGAAUGAUAGAGUGUAGGCAUGAGCGAAUGGUGAAUUCUGAGUUAGAAGUAAAUUCAAAGCGAAUAGAGGUUUUUGCCAAACAUUUUUCAAAUAAAUAUUGAAUAAUUUCUCCAAGCCUUUUAUUACUCUGCACUAUGUUUAAACGAAAACCCAGCUGAACUCGUCAAGCUUGUUCCCAAGCUUCCACUUGUCACUUCUAAGCUAAUUUCAGUCUCUAUCUAUAGACUGUGGCCUCAGAAAGAUCAAUGCCUACAUUGGGAUGGCAAGUAAAUGACAGAUUUGACAUAAUAAAAUUAAACUUGUAGAGAGAGUUUAUAAAUCUUCUUGCUGUACGCAAACAUUUUUCAAUCUUGAAAAGAUAACCACGGAUGAUUGAUGCAGGUUUUUAAAUCAUCCAUCUUUGCCUAACAUAUUCUUGUACAGUUUAAUUUUGAAAAUGUUACUGGAAUGUAGGCAAUGACAUUUUUUUUUCAUUUAGUUUAUAUGUCAGGUUCACGUGCGCAUGAUGCCGGUUUGAAAAUGUGCUUUUUCCUAAGCACACGACUGCAAUAUUUGUACUGUUUGAAGUGUUCAUCGCGGCGGGCUAGCCCAUUAAGCGCGCUUUUUACUGAGCACUGGUGCAUUGCGGAGAAGCAACACCCUUGAAAACGCACUUCGCAAGUGUUGCUUCUCUGCAGUGCACCAGUGCUCGGUAAGAAGCGCGCUCAACGGGGCUUACCUGCCACGAUCAACACUUGGAAAAAUAUGAAUACCGCAGUUCACCUCUAUGCGCAUAUCUAAUAGCAUAUUAUUCUAAACUACUAUUCAAAAAUUUGAAUAUUUACUCAAUCCUAAUAAACUGCUUUUCAAUUUGUGGUUUAAUAUUUAGUCGCACAAGAGUGCUGUUACACAAGUCAAUGCAACCACGGGGGCACGCAUAUCAACAUGCUUAUGAAAACAAAGCUCUCAGGCAAUAUUGCAUUUUGUAAAUUGCAUGUAAUGUCAUACUUUUGUUCCUGGCAUGGGAAAUUGAAUCUGGUACUCUGGAAUCAUUUGGUGGCUUUAGCCUGUGCUGCUAAAGAAUGUACUGGCAAGCUGUCCUGUUGAGUCUGUUGAAUUCUCGUCUCUAACUGUUGUGUUGAUCUCCAUGAGCGCACUAACUACCCUGUGCUAUGUUCUUCCCUGGUUUUAUUUCAUCUGCUCCCAACAAUCCACGGUUUUACUAGCAAGUACUGUAAAAUCAUUUUGAUUUCCUGGUGCAUGAAUGUACAUACCUGUGGCCUCUGAGGAUCCCCAUGCUUCAGUGUGCAAAACUUUUGUGUGUCCUAUAGGUUUCAGAGAUAAUGUAUAUUGGUAUGAAUCCAACUAAAUUAGUCUUCAUUAAACUCUGCUUCGAGUUAUGGUUGUUAAUGUCCAGCCCUGCCUGCAAAGUCCCCGAGGAAUGGGGCAUUUGGAAAGUCGCCUGUUGCUGCAUUUUAAAUGAUUUGUUUUGUUGAGCUUCAUGAAUUCACUUUUUUGAAGAAAUAUGUGCUCGAGAGUAUGUAUUUUGCUUUCUUUCUCUUUCUCUCCCUGCGCUUGUCUGGGGAAGAGGGAAGAAGGCUUAUUUGUACAAACCUUGGGCCUAAGACAAUCCACAGUGGGCACAAAAGUGAUGCUUGAUAGCUUAGUCUAGGUCAUUGCAGCUCAGUAUGGCCAACAGUACAUAUAGCUUCAUUGCCUCAGAAAUGGUAAGGCAUGGCUGGAUAUCUGGUUUUUCGGACCAGUAAUUCUGUACAUGGUGGAUUGUACCGGUGCAGCGGUUGUAUCAGGUUUGUAACACCAUUUUUUUACGUAUUCACAAAGUGUUUAUUUCAAAGUGGAGCAAGUGCUCAAAGGUAAUCGUUGCUUACUAUGACUAACGUUCUCAUCGGCCGCGUCUGCAAUGGUUUAUGAAGUCACCAACUACUGAAGCUUUGCUUUCCAGCGCUGCAGCCGUGUUGCUUCCCUGCGGGGGAAGCCCUCUCAACAGUGUUUUGGUGUCCGUCUCUCCACAAGCUUUGUAAUUUGCUCGAAACUACCAGAUUCAAAAACACUGUUAUUAGAACAUACUUGUGCCUUCUCUCCAAAUGGCAUACAAAGCAAGCCACAGAGUCUUGCUUUGCACAUUCCACUUCUCUGGUUGUCACUGUUUCUGACGGCUUUUACAAUUGCAGCUAGAGCCACUAAAAAGGCUACGCUUAGGGUAGCGGCACUCAGUUCCCCAAAUUUCUCGUCAGCGCCGCUAUUUUGGUGCAGACACCGUUGGCAAUUUUUACGACUUGGAAAUGCAACUUCCUCGGCUUCGGGGUCGGCAAAAACACAUCCAGAGGAUGGAAAAGUUUCCUGCGACUUCCGGUAACUGCUAAGGAUUUCAAAAAUCAAGACUGACUAAGUUGGUGUUACUCUGUAGUGUAGCUUGCUUAGUGGUUAGAGUUGCUGCGUUAUGGGCAAAAAUGCUGCAUUUUGUGAGUCGUCAUCCAUUUGUGAAUGACCACGUUGACAUUUGAGUCCCGGUGCGCGUGCUUCAGGUUUGCACAGUGCAUCUCGGCAGGCUGUCACCUGCAUGUAUCCUGACUGCAAAGGGAACAAGGCAUACUAUAUAAACAUUUUAUUUUGUACUUUACAAUUAGCAGGUCUGGAAUGGAAACAUUUCCAAUGAGAAUUGUAUAUUUGUGUAAUAAAGAAAAACAUUGGACAAUAAAUGUGUACCGAGUAAAA